ACUUGAUGACCACGUGAUUGUUUACGUUUGUGAGAAAAUGUCAAACGGUGCUGAUUUGUUUACAAAACUCGCAAUGGAAUGAAAAAAGGCACAACAUUCCUACGUUGCUCUACCUGGUGUACUCGUGUGUGCCGUGUGUGGUGUGUGUGCGUUUAUGUGUUUCCCUCGUGCGUGAUUUAGUUAAACUCGAUUCGAAAAAUGUUACCCGGUAUCGGAAUGUUCGGUACGGGCGAGGUGACCCACGUGCUGGUACCGAUUCUGCGUGACAAGGGCUUCAACAUCGUGGCGAUAUGGGGCCGCACGGGCAAGGAAGCGGAGCAGGCGGCGCUCGAGCUGAAGAUACCGUUCCACACGGCCAAGAUCGACGAUGUGCUGCUGCGGAAGGAUGUCGAUCUGGUGUUCAUCACCUGCCCACCGUUUCUCCACUCGCAGAUAUCGGUAAAGGCGCUCGGCAUCGGGAAGCACGUCGUGUGCGACAAACCGAUGACGCUGAUGCAGAGCGAUGCGCUGAAGAUGGUCCGCGCGAGCCAGUAUUAUCCGACGCUGAUCUCCAUCGUGAACCACUCGCUACGGUUUCUGCCCGCAAUCGCGCACAUGAAGCGAGCCAUCCAGGAAGGUUACAUUGGAUCGCCGGGACCGUGCCUCGAUCAGACGCUGAUCGAUGUGAAGGUACGGAUGGGGCCACUGUUUAACCGGAAACGGUACGAUUGGCUGUGCGAUGAAUCGAUGGGUGGGGGAGCGCUUAAUCUGGUCGGGAGCCAUGUGAUCGAUUUGGUAAAGUUCUUGACGGAGCGGAAAGCGGUCCGGGUGCACGGGACGGUGCGGACGUUCGCCAUGUACGCGUCACAUUCGCACACUGGAAUACGGAGAGUGGCGGCACCGGAUGUGUGCACCUUCCAGAUGGAACUCGAGAGCGACGGCAGUACCUCGAGUGCGCUCGUAACGGUCAACAUCAACUGUCACGAGUCGAACAAUGCGUUCCAGCAGGAAGUCGUCAUUUAUGGGCCCGCCGGUCACUUAACGGUGCGCGGUGGUGAUCUGGUUGGUCAUCGACUGAACGCCGACACGGGCGCCAUCAAGGAGGAAAUGCUUUACGUCGACGUGCAGGAUCUUCAGUUUUCCACCUCGGACACAACCCUGCCGAGACCGUACGUGAAGGGUCUGUGCAAGCUGGUCGGUGCGCUACGGGAUGCGUUCCACCCGAACAAGGAAAGUGCCGGCUGGAUAAAGGAACCGGUACAGGCAGCGGCCACGUUUGAGGAUGGUCUGUACGUCCAGGCGGUGCUGGAUGCGAUCCGGAAAUCGAGCAAUGAACGGUGCUGGACCAAGGUGAACAUUUGCACCGAAUCACCGACGAACCAGCAGAAGCAAAAUGUGCUCGCCAAUGCGGCCGCCCGCAUCGCGUCCGUCUCGGCCAUCCGGGCCGAUCCCAGUAUUAAUCAUACCGGAUACUUUUGAGCGUGUAUUUUGCCGAGAGAAUGCUUGACGCAAUCAUUUUUAUAGCCGGUUUCGGCACGGAAAGUAUUGUCCCUUUUUUACACCAAACACACCACACACACACACACGCGAAAAUCGUUCUAUUUAUUGUGCAUUUUAUGAUUUGCUACUAUUUAAUGAUGCCUUUUGCGAACAACAAUGAUGGGGGAGCGUGACUACGGAUCGCGAUCACGACUUGCUGCUAAGACUUUCUACACCAAUCGUCUCUUUUAUACUCGCGGAGUACAAAACGUUUACAAUCAGUUGUGUGUUUUUCUUCUGUUUAAUUUUGUUUUAUCGCGCGUACGACUAAGCGACUCUAUUUAUUCCCUUUUAUUUCCCUAAGUAUCGUAAUUCGUUACUAAUUUAUCUUCGACCGUCCAAAAACCCUAUUUAUCUAUUCAUUUCUGUUUUCCGUUAAAACCCAAACCAUUGUUUGUUCGAUGUUGCCGUUAGUAUUUUAAGCCGUGCGGUGGGCGCAUUUUGUUCACAGGGAAUGUUUUACUCCUUCUUGUUUUACACGUAAACGCUACCGCGGAACAGUGCAAAGUGCAAACACAAACGUAUAAUAAAUUAUAUAUUUAUCAUCAUA